AUGGCCAGCUACUUAGCCCAGAUGAUCAUGAUGGGUGUGCAGGUGGUGGGCAGUGCCUGGGCUUGGGCCCUGUGGCAGGAGUUUGCAGCCAUCCAGGCAGCUGCUGAUGCCCAGGGAUGGGCUGGACACCGAUCUGCAGCUGCAUCCAACCUCACUGGCCUCAGCCUCCAGGAUGCCCAGCGUCUACUGAGUCCUGAGGAGGCCCAGAAGGACUAUGAGCCCGUGGGUGGCUCCUUCUACCUGUAGUCGGUUGUCUGUGCAAAGGGGUGCCUCAGUGAAGAACACAGAAUCCAUGCCCAGAAGGACAAAAAAGGAAGGGCCGAACCCCAAAACAUGAACGCUUGCUCUCCUCACCCCACCCCGCAACCUCAUUAUUUAUAG